CUGUCAAUGUUGCUCAGGGUCGAGGGUCGCGAGACGUCAAAUCUGGUCAAAUAAUGGGUUGUUUAUUAAAAGUACGAAUUGGUACGAAUGCACAGAAUUGUCCUUUAGAUUUCAUUAUAACUUAAAUAAUUGUGUUCAAGUGUAAAGCAAUAGGUUGCGAUGUUAUAUAAAUCGAGAUUUAUCAGUGUCGUUAACUGAAACUGUUAUUAAAGGUGUUUGCUCAAAUGUUAUGUGCCAGUCUUAUGUUAAUUUGAGGUGAUUUUGUUUUUUCCAAUAAUUCAAUUUUCUCUAUUUUCACCUUGCUUGAAAAGUAAAUGGUUAAAUGCCAAGAAUACUCGACGAAAUUAAUCUUUUCCUACUGUGGAAAUCCUAUUUUCGAGGAUCUAUACAAGUUUUCACCAAAAUCUGAAUUGACUCACAUGCAAUGAAAGGGGGUAGCCCCAUAAAAAUCCUUUUUGGACUGCUGUUAUGGGGAGGCGUGGCUGUUACUCAACCGGGUCCAUGCGACCGCAGCAGAAGAGUUUUAACUGCUCCUACAGGUGUUCUUAGUACAGGCCCUGUAGGAGCGAAUUAUACGCAGGAUAGCCAUUGUGAAUGGCUAAUAAAAUCGAACAGUUCUUCAGAGAGAUUCAUUUCGUUAACAUUCCGAAGUAUGGGCACCGAGUGCGCUUAUGAUUAUGUGUUUGUUUAUGACGGUGCUUCGUUUGCUGCUCCACUUUUGGGUAGUUUUAGUGGCCGUACCGCUCCGCCAAAAGUUACCGCCACCUCGGGCAGCAUGUUGUUACUUUUGUAUAGCGACACAAACUAUGUACUAGAUGGAUUUCGAGCGGAAUAUGCAAUAUCAGCAUGUCCAGGCAAUUGUACAGGACGCGGCUAUUGUCUGAAAGGACGUUGCGUUUGUAAUGGGGCCGAGUGGGGCGGUAUAGAUUGUUCAAGACGACUGUGUCCCAAUGAUUGUGGACGACACGAAAGACCAGUUCGGGGACACUGUAACAAAGGGCGGUGUCUUUGCCGCUCUGGAUACUCAGGUCGAGCAUGUUCGCUACCUGAAGGCAACCCGGGAGGCAAUCAGUGGCAUUUCUUAGCCCAAUCAGGGGAAGGGUUGAGGCCGCGAGCAGCGCAUUCUGCUGUCUAUGUGGAAAUUACGGACUCAUUGUACGUUUUCGGAGGAUAUGAUCUCAAUCAUGUUUUGGCAGAUCUGGAGGUAUAUAAUUUUCAAAGUAGUAGCUGGCGGGAUUCAAACGGUAGUGAACUUAUGGACUGGGAAUCGGUGGAUCGUGUCGAACCAUCUGAGGCAGCUGAUUUUAUAGCUCAACAAGGUAUUGAUAGACUGGGGCUUCCAAAGAAAUCCUUCUUCGGGAAUAUUUUUUACGCCGUUGGCGAUAAUUCCAGUCGCUUUAUGCGACGUCAGCGGCACAGCGGGAGAGGAUCCAUGGAGGAAACACUUCUCGGUCCACCAGCCAGGUAUGGUCACGCUGCGUGUGCUGUGGCCAAUGGUUUUACUAUCUUUGGAGGCAAAAUGGAGGAUGGGACUUUAGCGAAUGACUUAUGGUAUUAUAACGUGCAGACGCGUCUCUGGCAUUUAAGAGCACAAUUUUCCACUGCAAGGCCUCCACCAUUGACCCGACACACUCUAACUUGUGUAAACGAUACAAUUUAUCUAUUUGGAGGCAGUACUUCCGAUGGAGAAUUUUCCUCUCAACUUUGGGGAGUGAACCUUCGAUCGGAUGAUACAGAGCAGUGGGAGGAAGUCAGUCCACGUGGAGGCAAGCAGUUGGAUAUCAGAGUUGUGGCCCAUACAAUGGUCUAUCACAAAGCAACCAAUUCGCUAAUAGUUUACGGCGGAAUAGUGGCAGGAGUGGCACGAUUUUCGAAACUCUCGGACAGAAUGUUUGCGUUUCAGUUGGACCACAAGCAUUGGACUGAAAUCCACUACACCCGAGAGCACUUAAGGGAGAAGUUUGUGCCCAGAGAAAGAGCUUUUCAUUCGGCAAACGUUUUCGGCAAUUAUUUAGUGAUAUUUGGUGGAUAUUCACACCGCCAUAACAAGGAAGAAAUAUGCUACGACAAUCAAAUGUAUUUAUAUCAUUUGGGAUGUCACACUUGGGUCAAUUCUGAUAUUUUGGGCAGCAAUAAUGAAUCAAGAUAUCCAAAGCAGCAAGGAGUAUUCGCACACGCGUCGAGUAUUCGCAACUCCCACACGUUGAUUUUAGUCGGCGGCUAUCACGGCAACGUUAAUGGAGAUCUUCUCGCUUGGACAGCGCCUUCAGCUUUGCGAGAUCUGUCUCCGAAAGCCUGCGCCCUUCAUCAGUCUUUUGGUGCCUGUGCAGCCGAUCCAGAAUGUGGCUGGUGUAGUGCGGAUGAUCGAUGUUAUGGUAGAACUGUCGGAGCAAACUGUACGACCAAUUUACAAACCGCUCGCUGUCCUGGCGUUUGUACCGCUUUGCAAGACUGUCAUUCUUGUUUGGUUCAUGGGCAUUUACAUGCUAGUGACGAAGAGGCAACGCCAUCAUCGGCCGCUUAUAGGCUAGGUUUGGGCAAGUGUGCAUGGUGUGUUCAAAACGCACGAUGCCAUCCCAGAGAUGAUCCACAUGGAACGUGCGGAUCACAGGUGGACAGUCCUAGUCAGACACUUGGAUGGUGGGGCCCACAAGGACAGGAAAUCCAUCAACCCCAAGACUGUGCCAGUUUGGAUCGCAGGCCCGGACUCACUUACAUCAAAUAUAACCAUCCACCUAAUUUUUCGCAGCCGGACAGUGUGGCCACUUUAAACGCCACAACCAUUGAUUAUAACGGGGGAUUAAGCCUGUCGCCUCGCAGUGAAGCGACUGGCGGAAAAAUGGUAGCAACUUUAACAGGCUUCCUGCGGUUGCCUCCAUCAUGGUCGGAAAUCAUUAAAAUUUGUUCCAGUUAUUCCACGGCCACAGUGACUUUAGGGGAGGUGAAUGUAGCGACUUUAGGAGAGGUGAAUAUAGCAAAUUUCACUGAACACAGGGUUUGUAGAGAUUCGCUUUGGCCCGAAGGAUUGCCGGAAGAACGCAUUCCAUUGAAGUUUUUCAGUGUGAAAACUCUUGGUCCCUUAUACAACGCACAUCAACAAAGUAGAAUGGAACUACUACACUUUAAACAGGAUGAAAUUCCAAAGGUGUUCACUUUCGAAUAUUUGGAGCCAUUUGCUAAUGGUUCAUGUUCACAAUAUGCCAACUGUCUCCAUUGUUUAACCGACUCGCAAUGUGGUUGGUGUGAGCUGACGUCUAGUUGCCAAAGUCGCAGUGAGAAUGAGCAAGAGACUUGUUUCCUUGGAAAUGAUUGGCGGUAUCUCACAUUGUUGCCAGGCAUGUGCCCCAAUUGCAGCAACUACAUAUCAUGUACUUCAUGCGUCAAUACUGAAUUAUGCGAGUGGUGGGUGGAAGAAGCUCGUUGCACCAGAAUGGGUCAAAGACCGGGAUCUGUAGUGACCACUGAAGAAUGUCCAAUGCCUUGCUAUCAGAGAAAUGGAUGUGAUGCAUGUUUAGAUCAAAAAGGAAGAUGUGUUUGGUGCCAAGCGACCCAAAAGUGUUUCAGUUUUUCAGUAUACACUAGUGAAUAUCAGUUUGGGUUGUGCCGCGAAUGGUUGGAUCAGGCGUUUCCCUUGAUCACAGCCCACGAAAACAGCUCGCUGACACACAAGCCACAGGAGCAAUGCAAAGCUUGCGCCGCCCAUUCUAACUGUUCGGCCUGUUUAAGUGCUUUAAGCUGUGGAUGGUGUCAUGACGCAAGUAAUCCCAUGUCUGGAACUUGCGUGAGAGGGGAUUUUCAACAGCCCCAUGUGGAAUGUUCCGUGGCUUUGGGAGGCCGAGAAGCGAGAUGGGCUUAUGCCCAAUGUCCUGAUGUGGACGAGUGCGGCUUGGGGUUGCAUGAUUGUCAUCCUCAAGCUGAGUGCACUAAUACAGAUGGUUCAUUCAGUUGUCAUUGUCGAAAAGGAUUCAUCGGUGAUGGCAGGUCAUCGUGUGUGAGAACUUGUUACAACGUGUGCGUACAUGGAUUUUGCCAAGGGGAGCCAGAUUAUAAGUGUUUGUGUGAUAUCGGGUGGUAUGGAGAUGACUGUUCGAAAAAUUGUGGCUGCAACAAUCAUUCUGCAUGCCCUGAAGGUUAUCAGAUUUGUGAAAAGUGCGAAGACAAUACGAUGGGCGAGUUUUGUCAGUAUUGUCGAUCGGGAAGUUAUGGAAACGCUACUAAGGAAAUUGGAUGCAGAAAAUGCGAAUGUAAUGGACACGGAGACUUCGACAAGGGAGAAUGUGACAUCGAAACUGGGGAAUGCUUUUGUCACGACAAUACCGAAGGGUUUCAUUGUGAGAAAUGUCAACCGAACUAUUCUGGAGACCCUAGGAAUGGCCAGCAAUGCUACUAUCAGUGUGAAGCUAGAGGUGUUUUAACAGAACCUAAGGGACAAGGCAUCAGUUCUCUCCAGAACUACUUACCGCCAAGGGGCGGCCCUCCUACGAGGGAAUGUCUCUGGAUCAUCAAGCCGGAUGUAGAUUUCGGGACUGCCAUAAUUCAGUUACAGUUAAACUCUUCUCAACUCAAUGUAACUUGUGGUGAAAAUGCCGUGUAUGUUUAUGAUGGUUUGCCUGAACUCGUCGAGAUGGGCAGUCAAAGUGCUUUAACUGCCGUUUUCUGUACAGAAGAUGCCCUACCAACUGCAGUAGUUGAAUCUCGAACAGGUCACCUAACGGUCCAUUACAAGCAAGGACGGCCAAACGAGAGCUUUAGUGCCCUUUAUAAAGUGUUGAGUUGCGAAUCCUGCGAUCCACCUAGAGAAUGUCGCGACGGGCAAUGUGUGUGCUCGGAAGGUUUCGUGGGACCUUCUUGUGAGGAACAGAUUUGCCCUGAGAAUUGUAGUUUUGCAUUGGGGCGCGGAAAUUGCGAUAAGAACUACGGUCGCUGUUUGUGCACUGAAGGAUGGACAGGACCGUCAUGCAAUGUUCAGGAAACUAAGCUGCAAUUGGUCUUUGUGGAACUGUUCAACACCGAACGCUUAUCGGAUAGUGUGGAACAUCUAAGAAAAACCCUGCCUCGGUUUGGACACUCUUUAGUUUCAGAUCGCAGAGGCUCGCUAUGGAUGUUUGGCGGAUAUUCCUUAAGUCAUGGACCGCUAAACGACAUCCGAAUGUUUGAUACCAAAAACAUUAGCUGGAUGCAAGUCACAGUAGAGUCAACACCGGACGCUAGAAUGCCACAAGGUAGAUAUUUUCAUGGAGCAGACAUCGUUCAUUCAAAGCAAUCGAUUUAUGUAUAUGGUGGAUUGACCAAGCCUCGUCGUAAUCCAAUAAAUAGAACUCUGAACGACUUCUGGCAAUUCGACAUACAAAAUCAGAGAUGGAGUCAAAUACAGGAUAUAACGGAGACGACACAAUCUCUCACCGAGCAGUUUGGAACGAACGAGUGGCCUCCGCCACUUUAUGGACACACUUUGACUUAUUACAGAAACGCAGAUAGAGAGGAGUUUUUAGUUUUGAUUGGAGGAGACUCGCCGCAGAAUAGAUUUUGGAGCACUAUAUGGGAAUAUAAUAUUGAGAAAAAUGUUUGGAAAGCCGUGCUGACUAAAGGUAACGGUCCAGUGGGCAUUUUUGGACACACUACAGUAUUCCAUUCUCAAACAAACAGCUUGUAUGUAUUUGGAGGAUACGCUUACGACAAGGAUACUAGCAUAAUGUCGAAUAGUCUAUACAGAUUCGAGUAUGAAACCAAAAGUUGGAUCGAACUAACUAGUAGUAAUUCCGGAAAUGUGCCAAAGCCCAGGUUUUUCCAUUCGGCAGUUACCACUGAUCACUACAUGUUGGUAUUAGGAGGGCGAAUCUAUCCCUGGAAUGUUACCGAUGCUCUGUAUGCAUUUUCGUUCAGUUGCAAUCAGUGGAUCAACUUGAUGGCAGAGUCCGUCGAUAAAGUUGGUUCAUACCCGAAGCAAACGUAUGCUCAAGCAAUGACUAUUGAGCCCGAUGGAACAGCUGCUUAUGUUAUUGGCGGUUGGGGNAUUGAUUCACAAGCCACUGUCUUAAAAAUAGAAUUGCCGAUUGAUAUUUGCCACUUGUUCUCCACAAAGUCGAGCUGUUUAAGAGUACCAGGAUGUGGCUAUUGUUCUAAUCAACUUGCCAAUGUAACGGUAGCUCAAAUAUGUCACAGAAACACUUUGGAAUGUCCUUUGGAUACUGGAAAUGGUUCACGACAUUCGAACACUGGUCAUGUUUGUGAGGGAAAUGCACAAUACCCUAGUGGAAACUGUUCGUCGAUAACAGACUGUGCGACUUGCAAUUUAACGCCAGGGUGCGUGUUUUGCAACGGAACUAGUUCUUGUGUUACUUCAAUGGAUACUGAAUGCGCUGCUCAGGUCUGUCCCUUCAAUAAAUGCAGGACAUCGUUUUGCUCACAGUGCGAUAAUCCAGCUAAUUUAUGUGAAUGGAAUUUUAUCCCAAAGAAAUGUGAAGUGUCUGUAGCAAGUGAAAAACCCAACCAAGUAGCCGUAUGUCUAGCACCCUGCACAGCCCAUCGAACGUGUGUUGAUUGUCUAUUCGCGCCUGGAUGCCGUUGGUCUACAAGGUUGCGCGAAUGCGUAAGCACAGCGUCGCAGCCGGCUUACUGCGCGGGCGGUGUGUGCGGAUUGGUGCUCGAAGAAAACGACUCCGCCCACUGCCCUGAACCAUGCCAUGCAUUCACUCAGUGUUCAAGUUGCUUGAGACAUGGCCCGUGCGGCUGGUGCGCAGCACCCGGUGAAAAUGGGGAAGGUAUUUGCGCAGAAGGUAAUAGCGAACGACCAAUGAAAGGCGACUGUUUCAAAGUUAUGGACGAAAAUCUCAAGCUAUUGGAAGGUGAAAGUGAUGAGGAUGAUGAACUGGCCAAUGCAAACUCCACAAUGCAUUAUUCGUGGCAUUAUGUGAAGUGCCCCAAGGAAAACGAGUGUCAAAAUGGUCAUCACAGUUGCGCGGACGAAGCAGAAAUUUGUGUGGAUUUAGACGAUGGAUUUGAAUGCAAAUGUGGAGAAGGUUACAAACCCGGGACGGCAAAUUGUGUACCAGUGUGUUCGGGGAAGAUGUGUGGCCCCAUCAAUAUGUGAAUGCGAUUUUGGAUAUGUGGGAGCAAACUGUUCCAUUCAGUGUCUUUGCAAUGGCCAUUCUAAUUGCGAAGGACCCGACAAGUUGGAUACCUGCCUCGAGUGCCAUAAUAAUACCAUGGGCGAUAGAUGUCAGUAUUGCAAGCCGCUGUUUGUUGGUGAUCCCGCAAAUAGGUCGCCUUGUGUGCCUUGCUUGGAAUAUUGUCACGGACACUCGGCCUUUUGCGUAGAUCCAGCUGAUGGGAUACAACCAAACGACUAUGUUGACCAAGAAAGUUUGCUUGAAUCGCUGAAAGAAGGACCAAAGAACCUAGCCAGAUGUCUAAGAUGUUCGAAUCACACGACCGGUGAAAGGUGUGAAAGAUGCAUAUCAGGCAAUUUCCGAGGUUCUGAGGAAUUGGAGGACGCAUGUCGACCCUGCGAGUGUCACGGACAUGGAACGGUUUGUGAUGCGGUAACUGGUGAUCAGUGCGAUUGCCAAAAUAACACAGUGAGUGACGAAUGCGGACAGGGACGCAACUCUGCGCAACCAUGUUGGCAGGUUCAAUGUUCGAGAUGCAGAGAGGGCUUUUUGGGAACUCCAACAAGGGGAAGGCAGUGUUACCGACAAAUGUCUGUAGACAACAAAAUGUGUUUUGACGCGAAGCCGAUUGAUGAGUGCAAAAAUCCAAAGCCGUUACAUCCAGGAGAUGUUGUCUUUUUUGUCAUCCAACCUAGAUUUAUGAAUGUGGACAUUCGGAUCGUUAUCGAUGUAACGUUAGGCCGCCUAAAUGUAUUUAUGAGCACGCAUGAUGAUACUUACAUAGCUUACCCAAACACCACCACAGGACUAAAUGAUGUACUUCUCGAUACAUUUUAUCGGCCAUUCGAUAAUGGAUCUAGAAAAUCGGAGAACGUCCACAUAAACACGGAAGCAACAGGACUUAGAACGUAUAUCACCAUUACAAAGCCGAAAACAAUAUUAACCGUUAAAAAUCUGCAAGCGCGGUUGGUUAUUACUCUGCCAGAGGAAUAUCACAAACUAGAAACUACCCGUUUCUUCCUCAUUUUGCAAUCAGCAGCCGAGCACCAGCCUGCCUAUGGAGUGGUCUUUUCUCGACAAGAUCAACUCCAUAUAGAUUUGUUUGUCUUCUUCUCGGUCUUCUUUUCCGUGUUCUUCCUGUUUUUGGCCGCAUGUGUGGUUGCUUGGAAGGCGAAACAAGCCGCUGAUGCACGGCACGCAAGACGUCGACACGUAGUGGAAAUGCUGCAUAUGGCAAAACGACCGUUCGCUUGUGUAACGCUAGAUCUGAAUUCGAAGUGGCAGACCGGAAAAAAGGCUGCUCAUCAUGAGGUUAGACCGGUAGCCAUUGAACCGACAGGUGAUGGUGUCGCUGCUGUUGCUACAGUAUUCGUGAGUCUCCCCGGAGGCCAGAAUCUCCCUGUAAAGUUAGCCUUAGCUUCCUCACUGAUAUUAUUAGUCAGGCAAUUCCCUACAAGUAGUAGAAUAUUUUUGAGGCGGCGAUCUAUACACGCAACUCCUCCAACCUAGACAUACAUACUCACCACCUUGUACAGGUUUGUUUAUAUGUAUUAUUUUAAGUAUUUGUUAUUAUUUUUAAGAAUUAUACAUUUGUUUUUAUAACA